CCUUUUGUGUGAAUCGGCGUGACGUCACUGGCAGUCUUCUAACUUCUAAUUCGAAAUAAAAUGUCAGACAUGUGGAGUAUUCUAGAUGUAUCCGUGGAGAUAAUCAGCGGGAUAUUCGGGCACCUUGAGUCGGUGGAGGACCGAAUCAAAUUGAUCUCGGUUCAUCCGAAGUUCGCCAAAGGUUUUGCCGAAUUCGCGGCCACCGCCCACCUCAAGCUCAACUGCGGCCAACUGCCCUUUUCGUACAGCUCGAAGGUGAUGCAGCUGGCGGGGGCGUCUGUGAAGAGCCUGUCGCUGCAGAACCCGGCCAAUGUGGUGGCUCUGAUGAAGCUGGCCUCCGACCACUGCCCCAAUCUGGAGGAGAUCACAAUUCCCGUACGCACCGAGUACUGGGCCGUAAUCCAGCCGUUUUUCUUGUCGUUGCAAAAGCUGAUCCGCAUCGAUCUGCGCAAUGAUUAUCGUCCGGUUGAGGUGAUCGGUAGUUUGCUUCAGUUUCCCCUGCUUGAGGACCUGCUUCUGGCUGGAUUCCAAAACGAUAAUUUGAGUCGCAUCGAUGAGCUGCAGGGCCUGACGUCUUUGGAUGUCAUCAACAAAGAGCCGAUCGAUGUGUUCUUGUUCUUCGCCGCCUUGAAGAACCUAACGGCCCUCGAAGUGAAGCUCGCCUACAUGAAUUGUCCGACCCAGAUUGCCGGCGACGAGUAUUGGCCGAAAAUCAAGAAACUGACCUUAAUAUAUGGCAUUUUUCGUUCGGAAUUGCCGUAUCUACCGAGCCUGAAGCAUCUUUCCGUAAGUCACGUGCUGCCGCAUAGGAAAAUAUCCGAAUUGUUCACCAGCACGGUGUCCCAGUACGCCCACACCUUGGACUCCAUGGGCAUGGUCUACGAGACUCAGAUCGCGGACACCGACGAUGCCAAGAUCAUUUCGGAGAUGAAGUCCUUGCGAGUCCUGUACAUUCCGUAUGUGAAUAAUGCCUUUAUUGGCGCCAUCAAGUCGGACUCGCUGGUGAAGCUGUUCAUCCGUGACUCGUGGAAUCUGACCAAUUCGGGGAUUCUCCGUUUGCUGCGCGGCUGCAAGAACUUGCGUUUCAUCGAUUUCGUGGGCUGCAAACGCAUCAACAAGCACCUGGUGGGUCCGGCCCUUAAGAUACUCAAGAAGAACGGCGUCCAUCCCGAUAAUCCAGUGGAGCUGAAAGUGAACGCCGAAUUUGGAGAUCACAUCUCUCACAUGGACCUUACCUUAAUGGUCAUCACCAGGUUCAAAGCUGAUGGGAAGCCUGUCUUGAACGGAGGCAAUUAACCGAGGACAUCCGACGACAUCUCAUCUCAAGUUCUUGAAGAAAUACUCUUAAAUAAAUGGAGCACUGCCGCCUGUA